AUUUUCUUUCAUAAAACUAAGUUCUUUAAAAAUCAAGUUGUUCUAAGUUACAACUUCAACCAAAAGAGCGUUUCUUACAUAAUUCAAUAUCUGUUGACAAAAAAAAAAAAAAAAUCAGAUACAUAUAUAAAAUCAAAAGAUCAAUAGGAAAUAAAAGGACGUAUAGUUUCCACAAUGGAUAACAACACCAUAGAUGUAGCUGAACUUAUGGAAUCCAUGAAGCUUAAAGAAACUUCCGAGUCGGUUAUGAGGCUUGAUCGCUAUCCUCCCUAUUCGCCAUUCUUUGGAGUCAUGGGUGUCGUUUUUUCAAGUGUAUUCAGUUCGUUUGGAGCGGCAUACGGCACUGCUGUCGCUGGGACCGGGAUAUCGGCCACAGCCGUGGUGCGUCCAGAAUUGAUCAUGAAGUCGAUUAUACCGGUGGUAAUGGCGGGAAUUAUAGCCAUUUAUGGUCUUGUGGUUUCUGUGCUGCUGUCGGGCGAGCUAGGACCUUCGACUCAGUACUCGUUACCCUCAGGAUAUGUGCACCUGGGAGCCGGAGUUGCCACAGGAUUCUGCGGCUUAGCUGCCGGUUAUGCCGUGGGAGAGGUGGGCGACAUUGGAGUGCGACAAAUCUCCGAGCAGCCUCGCCUCUUUAUUGGUAUGAUUCUUAUCUUGAUUUUCGCAGAAGUUUUGGGCCUUUAUGGACUUAUCAUCGGCAUAUAUCUGUAUACUGUUAACAUAAAAUAAUAAACUGUAUAAAAUAUGUUUGUAACAUCAA